AUGGCCUCAUCGGGUGCCCGCAGCUCCAUGGACGUGGACCCUCAGACCCCCUCCACCGACACCAACGGAGUCAACCAGAACCGAUCCCCCACGCCCCCGCCUCACCGUUCCAACGGAGACACCCCCGAGGCCGACUCCUUCAAACUCGCCGGUAACAAAUUUUUCAAGGAUGGCAACUACUCCCGGGCCAUCGAGGAGUUCUCUAAGGCCCUCGAGAUCAACCCCUCCUCUCCCGUCUACCUCUCCAACCGCGCCGCCGCCUACAUGAGCGCCCAUAAAUACUCCAACGCCCUGGCCGACUGUGAACGUGCUCGGGAAUUUGACCCCGCCAACUCCAAGAUCCUCUACCGUCUCGCCCGUAUCCUGACCAGCUUGGGUCGCCCCGCCGAGGCGUUGGAGGUUCUGAACCGCAUUGAGCCCCCCGCCUCCGCCACGGACAAGGCCACCGCGGAGAAGAUGCUGCGCUUUGUCACACAGGCCCAGGAGACCCUGCGCGAGGACCGCGGCAUCUCCAUGGUGCUCUUCUGCUUGGACCAGGCCCGCCAGCUGCUGGGCUCGGGCGUCAAGGAGCCGCGCGCGUGGUCGCUGUUGGCCGCCGAGGGCCAGCUGAAGCUGGCCAACGACAACUCGCUGGGCAAGGCCCAGGACAUCGCCAUCAACCUGCUGCGGGAAAACAGCCAGGACCCCGACGCCAUGCUGAUCCGUGCCCGCGCUUUCUACGCCAUGGGCGACACGGACCAGGCGCUCAAGGUGCUGAAGAUGGUGCUGGGCCUGGAUCCCGACAUGAAGCAGGCCAUUCGUCUGCUGCGCCUCGUCCAGAAGCUGACCCGCACCAAGGAGGCCGGCAACGCCGCCUUCAAGGUGCGCGACUACCGCGGCGCCAUCGACCGCUGGUCCGAGGCGCUGGCCGUCGACCCCUCCAACAAGGACAUGAACGCCAAGAUCCUGCAGAACCGGGCCCAGGCCCACAUCAACCUCAAGGCCUACGACGAGGCCGUCGCCGACUGCACCGAGGCCCUCCGUCUCGAACCCGGCUACACCAAGGCCCAGAAGGUGCGCGCCAAGGCCUACGGCGGCGCCGGCAACUGGGAGGAGGCCGCGCGCGACUACAAGGCCGUGGCCGAGGCCAACCCCACCGAGAAGGGCAUCCAGGAGGACAUCCGCCGGGCCGAGCUCGAGCUCAAGAAGGCCCAGCGUAAGGACUACUACAAGAUCAUGGGCGUGGAGAAGGAUGCGUCCGACCACGAGAUCAAGAAGGCCUACCGCAAGCUGGCGAUCAAGUACCACCCGGACAAGAACCAGAACGACCAGAAGUGCGACGAGAAGUUCAAGGAGGUGGGAGAAGCCUACGAGACGUUGAUCGAUCCUCAGAAACGCGCGGCCUACGACAAUGGCGACGACCUGAUGGAUCCGGCCGACAUGUUCGGCGGUGGCGGCAUGGGCGGCUUCGGUGGCGGCUUCGGUGGUGGCAUGGGUGGCAUGGGAGGAAUGGGAGGAAUGGGAGGCCAGAGCGUCAACAUCGACCCUAGCGUCCUGUUCAACAUGAUGAACGGCGGCGGCGGGUUCGCUCAAGCGGGCGGCCAGCGCGGCGGCGGCGGCUUCGGCGGAUUCCCCUUCUAA